AUCCCUCAACCUCACGUUCUGGGCCUGGCGGACCAGAGCGGCGCCGCGUCCGGGAGGCUUCUGGGAGUUGCAGCCUGAGCUCGAAGUGCGCAAGCGCGGUGCUCAGUUCCUCGGAGAAAAUUAUUUGUGGACAAGAAUCGUGCUUCUCCAGUUUGGGGCGCGUGGCUGAGCGCAGACAGCUGUGAGAAACCACAGGAUGGACAUGAUGCCACUUCCUGGUGAAAUCCAUCUUACUUGAGGAAUCAGAAGGGAAAAACCAAGUGAUGUACUUACCUGCCCCACGUUCUCAGCACACGGCCCCUCUCCAAACGCAGACCCUCAAGGGGCAGGAAAGGAUGCCUGCUGCACGAGGAAAAUCCAAGUCCAAGGCGCCAGUGACGUUUGGGGAUUUGGCCAUUUACUUCUCGCAGGAGGAGUGGGCAUGGCUGAGCCCCAUUCAGAAGGAAUUGUACGAAGAUGUAAUGUUGGAGAACUACCAGAACCUGGUCUCUCUCGGACUUUCCUUUCGGAGGCCAAAUGUGAUCACCUUGUUGGAGAAAGGGAAGGCGCCCUGGGUGGUGGAGCCAGUGAGAAGACGCCGGGAUUUGGACUCAGGGUCUAAAUGUGAGACCAAGAAGUUACCUCCAAAUCAGUGCAACAAAUCUGGGCAAAGCAUCUAUCAGAAACCAGUUUCUGCACCACAAAAAGUUCCCACAGGAAAGAGGGGCUGCAAGAAAAAUAUAGUGCUGGUAAAAACCAAGAAAGUACAUUCAGGGAAGAAGUCUUUAAAAUGUAACGACUGUGGGAAAAUCUUUUGUCAAAGCUUCUCUCUUAAACUUCAUCAAAACUCUCAUAUUGGAGGGAAGCCUUAUGAAUGCAGUAAUUGUAGAAAAACUUUCAGACAGAUCUCAUCCCUCAUUCUUCAUCAGAGAAUUCACAAUGGAAGGAAAAGCCAUAAAUGUGAUAAAUGUGGGGAAAGCUUCAUUCAAAGAACAACCCUCAUUCUACAUGGGAAAGUUCAUGAUGGAAAGGAAACCUUUGACUGUGGGAAGGCCUUGAGUCAAUGCCCAUCUCUCAGUAUACAUCAGAAAAUGCACUUUGUUGAGAAUGUCCACUGGUGCAUAAAAUGUGGGAAAGCCUUCAGUCGAAUGUCAUCGCUUUUACUUCAUAAGAAAAUUCACAGUGGAAAGAAAAUACAUAAAUGCAGUGUAUGUCGGAGAGGCUUCAAUAAGAAAUCAGUCCUUGUUAAACAUAAAAGAAUUCAUACUGGAGAGAAAACCCAUGAAAGUGGGAAGACCUUAAGUCAGAGUCUACAGCAGAGAAGUCACCAUUUAGAGAAUCCUUAUAAAUGCAGAAAAUGUGGAAAAUCCUUUAAUAGGAUUUCAUCCAUUAUGCUUCAUCAGAGAAUUCACACUUCAGAGAAACCCUACAGAUGUGAUAAAUGUGAGAAGGUCUUCAGGCGGCCUUCAACCCUUAUUCUACAUCUAAGACUUCAUGUUGGGAAGAAACUCUACAGAUGCAAUAAAUGUGAGAAGGUCUGUAACCGGCAUUCAUCCCUUAUUCAACAUCAGAAAGUUCAUAAAAGGAAGAAGAAACUAUUUGAAUGUAAGGAAUGUGGGAAGAUGUUUUCUGGAACUGCUAACCUUAAAAUACAUCAAAACAUUCAUUCUGAAGAGAAGCCUUUCAAAUGUAAUAAAUGUAGUAAAGUUUUCGGUCGCCAGUCAUUUCUUAUCGAACAUCAGAGAAUUCAUACUGGAGAAAAACCCUAUCAAUGUGAGGAAUGUGGGAAAGCCUUCAGUCAUCGCAUAUCUCUUACUCGACAUAAGAGAAUCCAUACUGAAGACAGACCCUAUGAAUGUGAUGAGUGUGGGAAAGCCUUCAGUCAGAGUGCACACCUUGCCCAACAUGAAAGAAUUCACACUGGAGAGAAACCAUAUACAUGCAAAACGUGCGGGAAGUCCUUUAGUCAACGCACAUCCCUUAUUCUACAUGAAAGAAGUCAUACUGGAGAGAAACCCUAUGAAUGUAAUGAGUGUGGGAAGGCCUUUAGCAGUGGCUCAGAUCUUAUUCGACAUCAGAGAAGUCAUUCUUCAGAGAAACCGUAUGAAUGUAGUAAAUGUGGGAAGGCAUAUAGUCGGAGCUCAUCCCUGAUUCGACAUCAGAAUUCACAUUCUGAGGGAAAAGCCUAAGGAGGUUUUAAAUAUAUGAAAGCAAAGAUUGAGGCAGAGGCAUGGAAAAAAUGCAUUUGUAUAUAACAGAAGUUUUGGACCAUUUGUUGAUGUGUCCCACUUUGAAUGCCAAAGAGCAAAAGUCAUGGGUGACUUUUGACCUGAGCAUUUGAAAUCAGCUAAGGCAAUGACCUAUCAUAGGUCUUAAUUUCAAAGUAGCAAGCUCAUAUGAUUGGAUCAGUCAUUUUUAAUGAAUACCAUUCUUCAUUUGGUAAGAAUCACUGAUAUUUUGUUUCCAGUGCAAGUUUUAAAGCUAUUUCAUUGGACGUAUACAGCAAAGUAGAAUUGUAAAGUCCAUUUCUGUGGAUGGGGCUUUGAGCCUGAUUUAAGGUCACAUGAAGAAAGAGUUUGAGUUUGUCCCUUAGAACUAGAACUAUCACAUAUAAGGGACUUUCUGGCAAACCAGGGUGUCCUUUUCAGCUGACAGAAACUUGUGCUUGAGUAUAAAGAAGAGUGAGUCUUUACAUGGAUAAAGAUAGCACUCAUAAUUGCGUGGAGCAAUAGAGUCAUUAUCAGCUGUCUCCAUGGAUGUGAAGAUAUAUGUUCUUCCUGGUGUGAAAAAUCU